UCUUAGUCUCAGACACACGCACUCCUCCAAAUCAGCUAAGAUGUUCCGCUACAUGCUUGUUGCCUCCGCCUUCUUGGCCUGCGCCUACGCCGCUGCCACCUACAACCAGGAUGCUGGUGCCUACAUCACUAAGAGUGAUGCUGAUAUCACACCCGAGGGCAACUACAACUAUGCCUACGAGACCAGCAACGGAAUCGCCGCCCAGGAGUCCGGAAUCGGAGGAAACCACGCCACAGGAGGCUACUCGUAUUACUCGCCGGAGGGAGAGCUCGUCCAGAUCUCGUACGUGGCCGAUGAGAACGGCUACCAGCCCCAGGGAGCCCUCCUGCCCACUCCUCCCCCGAUCCCAGCUGCCAUCCUGAGGAGUCUGGAGUACAUCCGCACCCGUCCUCAAACCGUGAUCCAGGACGGCAGGAUAGGCACGAGGAGAACAAUCUACGGUUAAGCAGUUUCGCAAGUCUGAUGUGAUAAUCUAUAAAUGCUUAUAACAAUUUGUAAAAAUAUAAUUGUGGAUUUAAAAAAAAGAUGUAGAUUUCAAGAAAA